AUGACCGUCCGCCCCUUGGUCAACAGGGCCCGCGCGGUCCUUCGUCGCUUCAGGGAUGAUGAUGCCGCCAGCGCGGCGGCUGAGCAGAACUCCCUCGAGCAACCCGCCGUCGUCGAGGAGAGCAAGACCGAAGGCAAGAGAGAUCCUGCUGCCGAGGAAGCGCCGCCCGUCUACGAGUCGCACCCGGAAUUGCCGCACGAGAACGUCCAGCACGGUGUCAGUGAUGUCGAAGCCAUCACCCUCACCUGGUCCAAGAAGACGCUGGCCUUCGUCUUCAUCAACAUCUGGUUCCUGUACUUUGUCAACGCCUUCCAGUCCUCCGUCAAUAGCAGCUUGAGCAGCUAUGUCUCGAGUUCGUUUCAGGAGCACUCCCUGUCGGGUGUGCCCACCGCCCUUGCCGAUGCCUUCUCCGCGGCCACUUACCUCCCCGUCGGACGUAUGAUGGAUACCUGGGGUCGUGCCGAAGGUUUCCUGCUCAUGACCAUCUUUGCCACUCUCGGUCUGAUUCUCAUGGCGUCCUGCGACAGUUUCUACAUCUACUGUGCCGCCAACGUGUUCUACUACAUUGGUUUCGGCGGUAUGGAGUACGCGGUUGACGUCGUCACUGCCGAUGCGUCCAAGCUGAAGAACCGAGGUCUGGCCUUCGCCUUUACAUCGUCACCCUACAUCAUCACUGCCUUUGCCGGUCCCAAGGUCGCCGAUGAGUUUUACUACCAGGUCAGCUGGCGAUGGGGCUAUGGAUGCUGGGCCAUCAUUUUCCCCAUCGUCGCCGCGCCCUUGUAUAUCGUCCUCAAGUACAACCUGCGCAAGGCCGAGAAGCAGGGCCACCGAGCCAAGGAGCCCAGUGGCCGCACUGUGUUCCAGAGCAUCAAGCAUUGGGUCUUGGAGUUCGACCUGAUCGGCUGUUUCAUUUUCACUGCUGGCUUGGUGCUCUUCGAGAUUCCUUCAUUGCGCCCAUCCCCCCUUUUCAACUUCCGCCUCCUGACUGACCGGACCGUCCUCGGUGCCUGUCUUCUGGAUGCCACCUACCAGCUGUCCUACUACUGCUGGAACAACUACUUCUCGAACUUCCUGCAGGUCGUCGAUGAUCUCACGAUUGCCCAGUCGGGAUACAUCACCAACACCUUUGAUGUGGUAUCGGGUGUGCUCCUGCUCCUGGUCGGAUGGAUCAUCCGCAUGACGGGCCGUUUCAAGUGGCUUCUCUACAUCUCCGUCCCUCUGUACAUUUUCGCUCAGGGCCUCAUGAUCUAUUUCCGCAAGCCCGACAUGGGUGUUGGAUACCAGGUAAUGUGCCAGAUCUUCAUCUCCAUCGGUGGUGCCAUCUUCAUUAUCGUUGAGCAACUAGCUAUCUUGGCCGCUGUUGAUCACCAGCACUUUGCUACUGCUCUGGCCUUGCUCAACGUUGUCGGGACUAUCGGUGGCUCUGCGGGUUACACAAUCUGCACGGCCAUUUGGACCAACACUUUCAAGAAGGCACUGAUCAAGAAUCUCCCUGAGUCGGCCAUGUCUGAUCUGGAUUCCAUCUACAACGAUGUCACUCAACAACUGUCCUACGCGGUUGGCACUCCCACCCGUACUGCCAUCCAGAACGCCUACGCUUACUCGGAGGUGCGCAUGCUGUCCGCUGGUGUGGGUAUCAUGGCGCUAGCAUUUGCGUGGACUCUCAUGAUCCGGAACAUCGAUCUCAAGAAGGUUCCUCAGGUCAAGGGUACGGUCUUUUAA